AAGGGGAAGUUGCGAGAAGAAAGAAAGAAAGGAGGAGACGUGACGGGGUUGUUGAAAUUAUUUUCUUGGUUUCCCAACACCACCCCACCACAGUGUCCCGGGCUCCUUGUGUAAAUACUACAGCAGUGGUAUCUAAAGUCCCAAACAUCGUCGGCUCUCAGCAGAAGUCCUGAUAGUGAGGUUUGGCACACAGGACACCGGGGGAUCUGACUAGGUCAUGGCCAAUCGGGGAGGAGCUACGAGACCCAAUGGACCCAAUGCGGGGAACAAGAUCUGUCAGUUUAAGCUGGUGCUCUUGGGGGAGUCAGCUGUUGGGAAGUCCAGCUUAGUGCUCCGCUUCGUCAAGGGUCAGUUCCAUGAAUUCCAGGAGAGCACGAUAGGAGCUGCCUUUCUCACCCAGACGGUGUGUUUAGAUGACACAACAGUGAAGUUUGAGAUCUGGGACACUGCAGGUCAGGAGCGUUACCACAGUUUGGCGCCCAUGUAUUACAGAGGAGCACAGGCGGCCAUCGUGGUCUACGACAUCACAAACGAGGAGUCUUUUGCGCGGGCAAAGAACUGGGUGAAGGAGCUGCAAAGACAAGCUAGCCCGAACAUUGUCAUCGCUCUGUCAGGCAACAAGGCUGACCUAGCCAGCAAGAGAGCUGUUGACUUCCAGGAUGCCCAGUCCUACGCAGAUGACAACAGCUUACUUUUCAUGGAGACAUCGGCCAAGACAUCUAUGAACGUGAAUGAGAUAUUUAUGGCUAUUGCAAAGAGAUUGCCGAAGAGUGAGCCACAGCCUCCAGGACCCAAUAGCGGGCGGAACCGGGGAGUGGACCUGACAGAAGCUGCCCAGCCAGCCAAGGCUCCGUGCUGCAGUAACUAACGUGAAGAACGCCUUCCUUCCAACCAACCUGUAGAGCAGUAACUAAUGCGGCAGAUGCCCUGAAUGCCACCGCAUUAAUGCAAUGUGUUGUACUCUUAUCUCCAAUUCUCUGAUCUGCGAAACGAUGAGCUGUGCCCCCCCACCCUCUUCAAGUCAAUGGUAUUACACUGAUUUCUCCACAUGGCUUUGCCACUUUCCCGCCAUCAUGGUUCUGCUGCUACCUGGUUAAGCCCCUUAACAAUUCUUUCCUGCUUUCUGCUAUCCAGCUUGUUACAUCUAUCAAUUCUUAUUGAUCGAUUAAUGACAGCAGAUACUAGAGACAUUAGUGUUCCUUGCCUUCCAUUGUCAACCUUCUUCACUUGUAGAUAUGAGUUUCAUUUAGAGGAAGUGGUUACUUCCCUGUUUUUGCGAUACUUUAAGACUUUACUACUGCAUUUCUAAUACCAGUCUUCUGUUGUUGUUUUUUAUUAUUUUGUUACUUAUUGUUCGCUAUGGUAGCACAAACCUAUAUACUUACAUGGCCUAAAAUAGAAAAACUAAAACCCGUUUGUCUGCAGUAGCACAGAAAUUGGUCUAUUAGAGAAGAGGUGGUGUAUUCUUGUGAAUCUAAUAAAGAUGGAAAGGCAGAGAGAGAGAGAGAGAGACACACAAACCCUAAGCUCCACACCUCUCUGUCACUUGGACCCUUUUAUCUUAAAGUUAGAAAACAUUUGUAGACCGUAGUCCUUUUAGAUUCUGCCGCCUGUCCAUGUCCUUUCCCCCACUAAAACCUAAGUAGCACGAGUGAACAUUAUCUAAGGCUCUAUUCUGAGCCAUGCCUGCUUCUAGCUGUCCCGAUUGGCAUUGUGCAAUGUUUCACAGUAUUUACUCUGUGACUUGAGUGUCUGCAAGGACCAAUGCAGCGCAGCAAAAACCCCUGUUACACCCAGCUUUCUCCACAACAAAGCACAUGUUCCUCUGAGGGACACAUCAGUGUCACCAUCUUCUGAUGCAGUGUCCCUUCAUACAUCUUGUGUAGACCCGUCCCUGUGGUUCUACCGGGGUCUCUUGGUUUCUGUCUUUGGAUGAUUUAGUGUAUGCAGAUUACCUUUCCCAUCGUGUUAAUAUUGCUGGACCGCUGCUGGGUUUGCACCUGGUAAAAAGCGACGGUGAUGGUAGUGAGUUGGGAGUUGCAAUAUGUAAGGCUGCUUCAUAAUCACCUUUGAAUCAUAAUUGUUUGCCAUCUUCUCUUGUUUAGGGAGUGCUUUAGACACAGUUGUGUGUCGUGUGUGUAUACAAACUGGGCCUGGGCUGGCUGGCUGAUGACAGAUUUCACCCAUAGACUCACACAAACACACACACACACGUGCCCAUUUAUGUGUGUGUGUGUGUGUUUGAACACACAUUUGCACAUGAACACACACAUUACAUUGACUUCUUCGGUCUCAACUCAGACCUAAACAUAAUUGUACAUAAGCGCGCACACACGCACAGAGUCUGUUCCAACUCUCCCUCACUUAUGUUGAGAGCACACUUUUUUUCCUGUCCCGAUCCCUCACUAUAAUGUUACACAUAGCGACACAUGCACAAACACACACACACAUGCAUACAUAUAUGUGAUCAAUAACUCUUUUUACAGGUCUUACUCAUGCCUUGCACUAAUGAUGCUCAUGAAUAUAUCUUGUCAUAAUUACAGCCAGUGUGAUAUAAAUAUAUAUAUAAAUAUAAAUAUAUAAAUAAUAUACUGUAAAUAGGGUGUUGCAGUGUAGUCUACCUUUUUUCGAUUUACCAGUGACAGGACUAAUGCUUGCUAGGGAGUUGUCUAGAUAAUCAUUAAAAAAUACUGUACAGUUAGCAGAAAAAAACAGCUACAAUCUGGGUUUGGAGUUUUGUUGCUGUUCCUUUUUUCACACAAAUGGUUAAAUCAUAAUUAGUGGUGGUCUUAUAAAUGUAUGUAGUGUUAUUAACAAAAAAAUGAAAUUGCAUUUAUUUAGUCGUCUGUCUUGUAUCUUUUUCUCAAAAGAAAAAAAAAUAAUAUCCAAACAUUUUGGUUUCUAUUUUUUUAACAUUAUCUCUUUCUUGCAUUUCACUAAUUAUUUUGUUGUUGUAUAAGACUUGUCCAGCACUCUUCCCUGUUAUUAGACCCGACCAUCCAGAAACACUUGUUGUAAAAGCUCUCGAGGAGUCGGACACAAAUACAAUACGGAUUGAUUAACCAACUGUCUGCCCCUUCAUAACAAUUCAGUAACCGCGUGACGAUAUUGUAGGAACAGUGUAACAACUAUCAGCUGGCACGAUGGUGAUUCAUGAAUAAAUUAAUUAACAAAUUA